UAUAUAUACACCGAGGGACCAAUUGAACUCAAGAGAUUUACAACAUGGAUCUCACUCAUCCUUAUGCCAAGGAGCUUGAGCUUGCCUGCCUCACAGUUCAACGAGCUACUCGUUUGACUAAGAAGGUGCUCGAGGCGGUUGACAAGGGGGCCUUGGACAAAAGCGACUCGAGCCCCGUGACCAUUGCCGACUUCGCUGCCCAAGCAUUGAUCAUUGGGGCUAUUCAUCGAGCCUUCCCCGACGAUGACAUUGUGGGCGAAGAGGACUCGAAGGCUCUACGGGCGAAUGAGGCGCUACUUGAACGUACUUGGGACCUAGUCUCCUCUACCCGUCUGGACGAUGAAAAGAGUGAGGCACUCCUGUACUCCCCGAAGUCGAAGGAGGAAAUGCUUGACUUAAUUGAUCUGGGUGCUCGCGGCACCUGUAACCGAGAGAACCGCUCUUGGAUCCUGGAUCCCGUCGAUGGCACCGCAACGUUCAUCAAUGGACAGCAGUAUGCGGUCUGCUUGGCACUAGUAGAGAAGGGGGCUCAGAAGCUCGGGGUGUUGGGUGCUCCGAAUCUCAACCUUGAAACAGGUCGCAUGCACGAAGAGAGCGUAGACCGGGAUGGGUAUGGAUAUCAACUGUUCGCCGUUGUCGGUCACGGCGCAUUCAUACGGCCGAUGAGCACGGGGGCCCUUCUGCCCGCUACCAAGCUCGAGCCCAAGGCUCAGAUUACGGAUCCCAAGGACCUGGAUUUUGUGGACUGUGUGGCAGCGACCUCAUCGAAUAUUGUGGCGCAUGAACGUCUGGCGUCCCACCUGGGUGCGCCGUGGCCACACACGACGGAUCUUUGGGCGGCACAGCUGCGAUAUGUGGCAAUUGCGGUGGGUGGGUGUAAUACUCUGAUCAAGAUCCCCCGCAAGGCUUCCUAUCGAUCGAAAAUGUGGGAUCACGCAGGGGGGAUGCUGAUCGUGGAAGAGCUGGGGUGUUUCGUCAGCGACCUUGCGGGCAAUCCGGUGGACUGCAGCCUGGGCCGGACCUUGGCUGGUUGUUACGGAAUGAUUGUCGCGCCAGUAUCCAUCCACGGGCGACUGGUGAAAGCCGUGAAAGAGAUCAUGUAAAAUAUAUAUAUGCAAUAAAUUAAUGACAAUGCUGUGUAUAGAUAUUUUCUGCGUGAAUAUAUAAAUAAGUACUUCGACUAGUAUCGGACCAGUCAGAUUAUACUCGUGUAUGCACGUAUUCUUUUUAUAUGGUUUAC